GCAUGCGAGCUAUAUUUCAAAUAUACGUUACAAUGAACGAUAUCGACCUUGGAGGCAUUAGUCUAGAAUGUGAGUCACCUUACGCUCGGUCUGUGCCUGUGAUUUCGGCUCUUGGUCUGCGAAAUAAAUUUUUGUUCCUUGGCUCCUCUUCUGUUUCGGGUGAGUCAGUUUAUAGUACCACUUGAAUGUGAAUCCUAUGUAUGAUGUUAAAUGAUAUAUCUAUGUUAUUUAACAUAUUAUUUACCUUUUAUUGUCACAAUAUAAAUUUAUCUUCACAUUUGCGUCUUGUACAUGCCUUUCUAUCAGUGUGAAACGUGUUUUUAAACUUCGGGCGCACUUUGUAACUUUCAACACUUUCGGGGAAAAACUUAAGGCGCUUGACACUUCUGGGGAAAAGGUUUAGAACACUCGGGGAAUAUCGUGCGUCACCCCAUAUGCACUCGAAGUAAAAUUUUCGGGUUUCUGCCUAAAAGUUACAAAGUGCAGCCGAUGCGAUCUCUGGACUGGUGAUUUAACGGUCUACAAGUUGAAGAAUUCCCCGACAAAUUAUCUUGGCCAACUUGUUCAUGAAGAUGAGUUAGCGUUAGUUGAUAACGUCACUCAACAAAUUGUUACAAGGACUUCUUUUGAGGCAUCUGUUGCCUCAAUAGCUCCCUUAAAUCCAAAAUGCAGUGAAUCCACAGAUGGUGUCAUAGUCGGCCUAAAUGAUGGUUCUAUUCAAUUAGUUACAUUGCGUGGGAUGUCAGUCAAUCAAAAUUCUUACCAAUUUCAAAUGCAGCCGGUAACAAUCAAUUCAGCCACAUAUCAUGAUUGGCCAUUGGAGAAAGUGAUAACAUCUCAAAUCUCUGGAUCAAGUAAUAUGCAUAUAGUUACAUUAGAUGUAAGCGGUUGUGUAAAGUUAUGGGAUUAUCAAUCUUUAAUGCCUAUCAAAUCAUGGUGUAUAAACUCGACCAGUUGGCCUGUGAAUGGUUCUGCUUUCUCACCUGAUAUAUCUAUGCUAUCGAGUAAAACAACAACUUUUAAUGAAGUGAAUGCUGAGAAUUUUCUCUUGUCUACUCUAACUCCAUUGGAUUGUCGACGAAAAAUUUGUCUUUGGGAUAUACGUAUCAAUAGUGUACUAAAUCCAACUGUUUUACAAUCAAGCAAUUGUUCAUCUUUGCCUUAUGAUGAUUUACCAACGACACUUCAUUGGUUUACAACAAAUCAAUUGUUAAUUGGAACUUACAUGGGGAAUUUACUUGUUUAUGAUAUUCGCAAUCCUAAAUGUGAAUUAAACAGUGUGAAAAUUUCGCAUUCGAAUGAAACUGUACAGCUGAAAGAAUCAGUUAAACCACCUUCGAUUAGGUGUAAACAAAUCGUUCAAAUCCUUGUCCAUUAUCCAUCCUCGAAUACUGAUAAUAGUGUAUAUGUUGGUGUCCUUCAAAUCGAUGGUACAAUAGAUGUUUAUAAAUAUGAUAUAUCAUUGAACGAUAUGUUUACUCAUGUAUAUCAUAGUGAUGGAUAUUAUGAAGAAAAGUUGAUUGUAAAUAACUAUGGAAGAGUAAAACCAUGUGGUCUAUUUUUAUCUUCUAGUAUAACAACUACUCAAUCAUGGAAAAUGUUAAUUUCAUCUGGAAUUCCUGAUAUCCCACUUACAAAAUCAUUAUCAGCAUACUUAUCGUCUACUAAAAUGAAUAAUAAUAAUACGCAAAAUACAUUUACUUAUGAACUUCGUGUACAUCCAAAUAUUCCGAUAAAAGCACCAGGCUUUCAAUAUAAUACCUCAAGGAUUCAUUAUGUAAAGUGUAUGAAUGCUUAGUGAAUACAAAAAUUCAUAUUUUCGUAGUGUAUAACAAUGAGUAGAUAAAAAGGAUAUAUAUAUAUAUAUAUAACUGUAUAUUACAACAAGACUGAAGCCCAAAAUCCCUCUAUAUCUUUUAUAAAAUGAUAUACGCAUUUAAUUCUUUGAAGAGAAAUAUAAAAAGGAUAAUUAUUUUGAGAAAUAAAGAUGUUUAUCUUUGUUUUGUUUUUCUUCUGUAAAAUUUGCUUUUGCUUGAAUUUUAAAGGUGAAGAAUAGUGUUACGAUCUUUUUUUUCUCUUUUUUUUCUUGAGUUUUUAUUACUGUGUUAACAAAAUUAACAAAUUAUAAUUGAGAUUUAGUUCAAUAUACAAUACAUGGAGGUGACACUUAUUGAGGGGAUAAUAUUUUGGAUGUAACCUAUUUGAAACUUUAAUGACGAUAUCAUCUAGUCAACUGUAUGUAUGUAUUGACGAACGCUACCUUGGGUAUUGUUGUAUGCAGUACAAAAGAUUAGUAAAAGUUUGUUUGAUGAUAAGCAGUUUACCACUUUAAGAUCAUCAUCAUCAUCAUGAAAAUGGAACUAGGUGGCAUUACUGGGUUAACUGUGCGAGUUGCCACACUUCAUAUCACUCUAUCAAGCGAUGAAGCACUAAGAUGGAAGGUGAAGAAAUAUAUGGAAGAAAGGAGUAGAAACUUGUGAUUGGUGUACCAAGGAGACAUGAGAAGAUACUGAAUUUAGCAUAACAACUAAGGCAAAACAACCACAUAUUGAAGCGAGUGAAUUAAAUGAAAAUGAUGUACAGGUUACAUUAAUUAUACAAGGUCUACAGGCACCUCAUCGAGGAUUUUGUGGACUUAUUAAACCAGGAUGUUCAGGAAAUUUUCAUGGAGAUUCAUGUAGUACAACAUCUGCAAGUAUUCGUCAACAAUUGGGAAAUGGAUUGCUAAAGAUAGAACUUGGUGAAUAUACUUUAUCUGUUCUUUGUGAAUUGACAAAUCCUAAUGAUACUUUUGAAUAUCAUGUACGCCGGUUUCCCUCAAAAAUUAUGCCAACAUUUUGUACAUAUAAAAUACAAAAUAAUAAAGUUCGAUUACGCUUAAGAAAAGCUUAUGGUUCUGAUCAAUGGGCUGGUGCAUUGGCUGUUACAGGGUUAGAUCAAGGUUGAAAAUGGUUUGUAUGCUUUGUUCUUGACAUCGAAGCAAAUAUACACAGAAUUCGGUAAACAUGACAUCAAGCAGGAUCUUAUUCUUUUUUAAAACCUGUAAAGUAAGAUUAUUGAUAGGCAAACAGUAAUUGUAUUCUUCUAAUCAGUUAUGUUCUUGUAACUAAUGUUUAUUUCAUUCUUACUAAUACUAUUGUGAUUCCCAGUGGUAUUAUUAUUAUUAUUAUUAUUAUUAUUAUU